UUGCUAGUGACAAUUUCAGUUUAGUAUUCUUCAUCGUCGUGUGUAUACGUACGCGAGUGUAUUCGUUAAAAUGGGUCGCACAAAGAAAUUUGAUGAGUACAAAUAUAUUUCCUACGAUCAAACAAAAAAUGUAUCAGUAUGUUUGCUCUGUGGAAAAGCAUUAAGUGGGAAAAGUACUAGCAAUAUAAAACGCCAUUAUCUGACAGUACAUGGACAACAAUUUCCAUGCAAUGAUAGCAAUAGCAACUCUUCUGAUGUAAAUUUGCCAAACAACACCGCCACUACUGCCAUAGCGAGAAAAGAGCCAAGUAACCGGAUUACGAUAUCAAUGAACAAGCACGAUUUUAUUACGAGCUGCGUCGGAUUGGUGACCGUAAAAAAUUUACCAUUCGGCAUUUUCGAUGAUGAGCAGUAUUUUAAAAAGAUACUGCGCCCUUAUGAGGAGCAUUUCAAAAUGAAAGUUGAUUCCAAAAAUAUAGCAGAUGAAGUAAAUAAUUUAGGCAAUAAAAUAAAACAAAAUAUAGCACAGGCAGUCUACAAGAAAAUGAUAAGCUUGAAGUUUGACUUUGCGAGCCGUAUGGAACAAAAUAUUCUCGUAGUGCAUAUCCAGUAUAUGGCGGAUACUAAGUUGGUUACCAGCACUAUUGGUGUAAUCCCAUUGCAUCAUGAGCACACAUCGAAUUAUCUGUGUGAAGAAAUAAUUAAUUGUUUGACGGAGUUCAAUAUUGAUACGUCGCAAGUAUACGCGUGUGUGUCAGAUAAUGGAGCGAAUGUGAAAUCGCACACAAAUUCGCUCUCCGACAAGGCGGGAGAAAUGUACAUGCAGCCGGGCGAAGAGUCAAAUAGUGAUGAUGAGUAUUAUUUGGAAAUUCAUUCGGCACUCGCAUCCGGUUUUGAGGCUACAAGGUGCUUUGCGCAUACCAUACAACUUGCUGCACAAGACGUUUUGGAGACGAUUGAACCGCAAAUUGAUGAGUGCAGACAGAUAAUUGAAUUUCUUCGCAAAACUCAAUCAGGUUUUCAGAUUCCAAUAUUGGACUGUGAGUCGAGCUGGAGUUCGACUUUCGAAAUGUUAAAAAGUUUGCAUAACCUGAAAGAUUUUAUAGAAAACAUUACCGACGCGCAUGUUCCUGAAAUAGAUUGGCAUUUUCUCGACACAUUCCUGGAAGCAUUUAAACCUUUACGCGAUCGUUCGAACAAGCUACAUAGCGAGCAAUAUAUAGUUGGAGAUUUUUAUAGAGACUUAAUGUGUUGUGAAUUGGAAUUGGACGAACUUGUGCAGAAGGGCAAUUUCUAUGCUCAACUGCUAGUUGAAGCAUUGAAGACUAAAAAAGAAAAUAUCGUAAAAAACGAAGCUUUUCUAGCAGCGCUUUAUAUGGAUCCGCGUUUUAAUUUCCUUGGCACGCCGUUUUUACCUGAAGAUAAAAAAGAAAUUGCAGUGAAACAUCUGCUCAAAACUUAUGAUACAAUUAAGAGUUUUGCAACAAAUGUGGAUGAUAAGAGUAGCAUAUUUCCAACAGCUUCCACAUUGAGUACCGACACAACAGACCCCUAUUUAAAAUUGGAACGAAAGAUGAGUCUACUUAUUGAGCAAAGACACAAACCAGAAAUAACAAUGGAAGAAAAACUGGCAAAUUUGUGCAUCGUCGAACGCCUGCCUUUUGAUUCGAACAUUUUGGAAUACUGGCGUAGCAAAAAACACAGAGACUUGGAGUUGGGGAAACUAGUUGACGUGGCUUUGGCGAUUCCAACAACGCAAUAUUCGGCGGGCAGAGCACUCAACGCCCUGUCAUUGGUUUCAGUCAAAAGGCAACCCAGUUUAUCCAAAGACACACUGAAGAAUUUAUUGCUUAUUAACCUCAAUAAAACUUUAGUAUAAAAAUUAGUAUAGAAUAUAUAGAGUAAGUGGCGGCUUCCGUAGCCGAAUGGGUUGGUGCGUGAUUAUAAUUUGGAAGUGCACAGGUUCGAAUAUGCGUGAAGAAACACCAAAUGAUAGAAAAAGUGUUUCUAAUAGCGGUCGCCUCUAGGCAAACCAAGGCAAAAUUCCGAGUGUAUUUCUGAAAAAGGUUCUCAUAAAAAACUGUCUGCCGUUUGGAGGUGGCAUAAAACUGUAGGGUCAGAUUUGCAGAGCAACACCAAGACGCUCACCACAAAUAGGAAGAGGAGCUCGGCCAAACACCAAAUAAACGGCGUAGGCCCAAGGGGUGUAAAUUAUUAGUAUAUAAGUUAUCAAUACAUAAAAUAUAAACAUCGUAUAUAGGGGCUUAUUGAUUUAUGUAUUAUAAAAAUAUAACAGGCUUAUGUCCAAAAAAAUUUUACGUAAAGGUCCACAGAAUUAUAAGUGAAAUAUAUUUAUGUAUGCAUAUAAAAACAUAAAAAAUUGUCCCCAACAUUUAGAGGACGUAGUUGAGGUUUGUUUUUCAAUGUCUGCGUGGCUCUUUUGAAAGUCCAUGCAUAGUCCAAGAUAUGGCACGAUUGCCACGUGUCGAGGCUAUGUUUAGUUAGUAGCAUCUCUUGAAAGAACACACAACAAAUUUCAGCCAGAUCGGUCUAACUCUUUGUGUUUGGCAUUCGUUUGAAUCGAGGAAGUGGAGUGAUAUUCCUUUUCCAUCACGGUAACGCGCCAGCUCAUUCCACAGCAGUUGUGUGUAUGUGGACUCCGCUCCAUCAAAAACAGCAAUAAAACGAUGGUUUGCUGACUUUAAACGUGGUCGUAGAGACACCGAUGAUGCACAACGCAAUGGACGUCCAAAUGAGGCGGUAACGCCAGAAAACAUAAAAAAAUCCAUAAAAUCGGUUUGAAAGAUCGAAAAGUGAAGUUGUGUAAGUUAGCUGACAUCGCACAGAUAUCAAAAGAACGAGUGGGCUUUAUAUUGCCUGAUUAUUUGACUAUGAGAAAGUUCUGUUCAAAGUUACUGCCGCGAUUGCCCUACUAGUGACCAAAAACAGGAACGUGUUGAUAAUUCUGAGCAAUGGCAAGACUACAAGAAUUGAACUUCGAGUUGCUCCCAUAUUCGCCAGAUUUGGCUCGCAGCGACUUCUGGCUGCUCGCAGACCCAAAAAAAUGCCCGCCGGUAAGAAAGUUCGCUCGAAUUAAGAGGUUAUCGCUAAAACUGAGGCCUAUUUUGAGGCAAAAGAUAAAUCGUUCUACAAAAGUGGUAUUGAAAUGUUAAAGCCGCUCUGGAAUAAUUGCGUUGUUCUUAAUGGAAAUUAAAUUUGACUUAAAAUAGAAUUUUUAGACAAAUAUUUUAGUGAUAUAUUUUCACCUUCUACAUCCCUUUGUUAUGAGUAUUUUCUCCCCUUUUCGCAAAGGAAUCAAAAAUGACUCAUAUUCUGAGGAAUUAAAAAGUUAAAGUAUUCCACAAAAAUGUUACCCGUUGUUUUUUCCAUAGAGUUGGUCUUUUAUGUAUUUCAAAUGUAAGGGUCACAUAAUUUCUGAGGCUGAUUUACCUUAAGGAAAGGCAAAAGGAUGAGCACUUUGACCUCAGGUAGGUAGGUAGGUGAAAUGGUUGCAGUACCAGUCUGACACUUCCUAAGUAGCAUUAAAUCGCCGUUUUGAUGCCAUUAUGAGACCUCCAAAACGCAGAUACCUACAGACAACCAGAGCUAUUGAUGUACUCGAGAAGGUCGAUGGGAUUUAGGUUGGCGAAGAAAGGAGCACCCAGUGACCGUAAUCGUCUAGCUGCCGAACCCGGACAUUUCAAGAGACAGUGCUCAACAGUCUCCUUCUCUGAAAGUUCCCCAGUUGAAUGGUAAACAUAGCAUUUCUCCAUGAAUGCCGAUCGUCCAAUGACCGGUUAACACAGGUACGAAAUAGCACAUGAAGAAAUGGAGAUAUUUUUUGCGCUUUCCUGAGAAAUAAUUUGUGCAAUUCCACUUUAACUUAGGUAACCACUUUAGCCAAGGGGAUGCCGAUGACGGGGUAGGUGGUAUCUGAGAUCAAUUCAUUCGUCCCCUUCUUGACAAGCUUAUCAGAUUUUAUUUCCUCUAUAUUUCUAUGUCCCGGAACCCAGAUCAGAGAAAUGUUACUUGCACACCCAAGAUACUUGAUCUCCUUACAGGAGUUGACUAGUUUGAUCGCGGUUUGACUAUCGAAAAAAUGUUAAUAUCUCCUUCGUUCCAACGUUUCCUAAGUAUUUUGCAUGCCUGCAGGAUCGCAAAAACGUCUGCUUGAAAAACACUAACAGUAUUCGGCAGUUUUAAGAAAACAGACAAAUUGGUUGAUUUAGAGAAAACGCCUGCUCCGACUCCCGAUUCAAUCUUGGAGCAGUCAGUGGAGACAGAGGUACCUGCUGGUAGAGAAAUCUGUACAAAGUUCAGAGAAAUACGGUGUUAGCUGCUUACAAAUACUGCAUGUCCCUUGAGAGAUUGCCUCCAGAGGCCAACCUCCUUUAGCCUGAUUGCACAUUAAAUCAGUGAUUCACUAAGAGAACCAAGAUACCAAACUUUAAUCUCCCAAAAUUAAAUGACGUUAGUCUUAUGUUUACCCAACAAGCAAAAUACUUAA